GCUAGCGUCGGCUGCGAUACUCGGUUGGUGGUCUUAUGGGAAUGUCACGGCCUUUCCAACGCCUCCUUUGAAAAACGCGCCAUGUGCACUUGUUUACAUUUUAUGUGACCAUCGGCUAGCAUGGACCAACGACGUGCUUUAAGCGCCGUCGUGGCGACGCUUGUAACGGGCAUUCUAGACAGUAGCAGUAGUAGUAGCAGUAGCGACAGUGAGGAAGAACUUUUACUGCAUGAACUCUUGAGUGUCGCCAAUGAAACUCACGUACUGAGGCUGGGUGAAUGCGUCGAGAAAGCUCUGUUAAAAUACUCAGACGAAGAGCAGUUCUUCCAGGAUUUCCGGAUACGUCGUAACGUCGUUCUGCUACUCAUUGAACGGUACGCGCAGUCAAGUUUCUAUGUCCCGCGUGCUGAUCACGGUGGAUGUCCGCAGAAAAGCCCCGAAGAACACAUUCUUUGCUUUCUUUGGUACGCUACCAACAAGGUUUGCAUCAAAGAAGUUGCCAUUCGCUUUGGCAUAAGUGAAAGCACAGUUCAUGGUAUUACGGAGAGGUUGCUAGAUUACUUGUGCAGCCUCCUUCCAAAAGAAAUAUGUUUUCCUGAAGACCUGGACUCACUCGUAGACGGCUUUGAGCAGCUUGCCGACUUUCCUGGAGUUGUUGGCUGCAUUGGAGGGAUGCGCAUCAAUACGCGCAGUCCAGCCCACUCCCAAAGAGCAUCUGCAAGCAAUGGGCAGGGCUCUGCAUCUGUCAUUCUGCAAGCAGUAUGUGACAGCAGCUGCCGUUUUAUGGAUGUCUUCGUUGGACCGCCUGGAGAUUUUGAACUAGAAAGUGUCUUCCUUGCAUCACCUUUAGCUGAAGAGCUUCCGUACUGGUGCCAGGACAAGUACCACCUUUUGGGUGGUGGGGGCUACCCACUGCGCGAAUACUUGCUCACCCCCUAUGACAGUAAUGCCACAGACUGUGCUGAAACUCCUGAAAUGGUAUUCAACAAGCGACAUGACAAAACUAGGACCAAGAUUGCCGACACCUUCAUGCUCCUGAGGCAGCGAUUCAAGCAGCUGCACUUCCUGGAAUUUGUGACAGCAAACAAGAUGCGCAGGUUUAUCAUCGCUUGCUGUGUUCUCCAUAAUCUCUGUGUGCAAGCUGGAGAUGUUGAACUGGAUUUUGAGUGCCUGGACACCGAUAGUGGUUUUGUAAGCGCAUGCAGCGAGUUGGACACAGAGGCAGAGGAAGAAGACGAGAGGGAGCUUGGCAGUUUGAAGCGAGACAAACUUGCUCAAAGUUUCAUCACAUAAUUGCUCUUUUUGCUGUAAAUUUCCUAAUUGUACAGUAAAUACGGAACGUUAGUGAGCGUAUGGAUGUUUAUAGUGUCGUAAUGACAUGCAGCGAAACACAUAAAAGAUUAUGAUGAAAGCUAAGCUGAUAGUUGAGCAGAAAGGCUUUCAGAGGACUUUGCGACGCUUGUUAAUCCUGUGCAUAUUUUAUUUCAUUUACACACACAAUAUGAAAUUAACACAUUGCUUUGCAUUUUUUUUUUACUUUAUAUGUCUUUCAUGUGCACUGGUGCUGCCUGUCAUUGAAAAAAAAGUGUAGAUGUUCUUUGGUCACUCUUUUUAAUAUAUUUAAGCCUCUAAGAGAGAGUUGCAUUAUACCUAGUUCCUGACCUAGCACUUGCCUAAUGCCACUGUGCAUAGCACAACUGGGCCAUAUAUAUAUAUUAUAUGUUUGUGCUCAAAAUCCUGUUCCACUUCUAAGCGCAGUAUUGGGCAUGGAUUUCCAGUCUGUUAUCCUAUAGCUAUCUAGUAGUAUUGCUGUUAUUUUCCUCCGCUAGUAUGCUGCCACUUCAAAGCAAGUUGGGAAGAGUGUUUGGUCUAACUGUGGUGUUUUGAAAAGUAAUAGCGCUAAACAGACAGACUUGGGCAAAAAGGUACACGACACUGGUGCUGACUCACAAAUGAAGUUUAGUUCAGGGAAAACCACAUUGAUAAAUACAGGCCGAUAGGGCAACAACUAUGCGACUGUACAUGUGCAACAGGAACCAUUCUGGUAAGUGUCGAACCACAUGUGGAAUAAACCAGUAUGUCGUCACGUGGAACAAACCAGUGCGCCAUAGCAAAAACCAAAAACAAAAUAAAACCGAUAGAAGACUUUCCUUUUCGAACUUAAGAAAAUGUACCAUGAUACACUUUCUUGCAAAUAUCUCAACUCUUUAUUACUAAGAGCGACAGGUGGCUUGCUAACACAUCUUUCCCCUUCCUGAUCAAUAUGAAAGGCUUCCAUAAGCUCCCUUGUGGUGUGAUCCUCGUGCCAGAACGAACAAUCAGUUUUUUCUGCCCCCUAUCAGUGGGCACCCACACCCACACACUCUACAAUGCAAUGGCAAGUAACUUUUAAUGAUGACAAAGGCUCCUUUAAUCUAAUGUUCACAAAGCGACCGGUCUAGUCCACAUAAACCUUCCCAUGCAACAGUGGCAACCUGUACACAAUGUAAUCUAACAGGUCCGAUUAGGUUGAUUAAAUCAAAGGUGCAUAUCAAUGAAGAUCAAUCAUUUUGUGGGAUACAUUUAAUCGAUUAAUAAUUCAUCGAUGUUACCAACCCUACUCCAGGCAGACCACUGGCUUUUUUUUAUUUAAAGGGCCCCUAAACAACCUUCAGCUCGAAAAUUAGUUAUACAUAGCGGCUGAUGAUGUGCGCUAGUCUGGAAUGAACAUAGAGCCUCUCUCUCUCCUGCUUGCUGCAUAGGCUCACCAACUCUAUGCAGUAUAGCAAAAUGUACAAGUUGCGUAAGGAAACAAGGAGAAAGGCUCCAUCACUGCCCAUUCCCAGUCGCUCUCCGUGUGAAGCUGACUGAAUGGAAGCUUCUGAAAAGGUUUGGUGGCACACAAUGGGCAAGCCCCCCUCCAUUCUCGGAAUGCACAAUCGCCUCUUGUCAUGUUGGCACUUUCGCCCCUCGAAGACCUCCCCAAUCGACAACUGUUACCUUGCUCACGUUACCUGGAGCUCCCUGUUGAAAUCACGGUGCACAAAGGAGGCACCAGAAAGGCCAGAAAAGGACCUAAGGAUUGUUUUUUCAAUUUGUGGCAUUCCCACAGCAAGCAGUACUGCUGCGUUGACCAGUGGUGGAGGUCACACUAAGCCCUACACUCCCUAGUGCAAAAUUUGAAUGCAGCUGUAUAAGUGUUUUCAUUUCGCGAUAUAUUGGCUGGUGCGGACAAUCUGUCUGAUGCGGCAUGUUGCAAACGGAGCGAUGUGUGGCGCAACUGCCUUGCUAAUCGGGAGAUUGCGAGACAGUCGCGAGUGAGAGGCAGCGCGUGGGUGACGCGAGGGCACAAUUCACAGCAGCCGCCGCAAACUCUGCUCAUGCAGCGCUUUGUUUCCACACAGAUGAUGCGCGCUACCCUAGCGCCAUCUUGUAGCCAUGUCACUGCAAAGCCCGUCUUGCACAGCACUAUGCUUCUUGAGCUUUCGCCAUACCCUCCUCCGCUUUCUCGUUGGGCCAAUUUCAAAUCACUAAAUAUGGGAGGGGGCGCUUGCACAGGUAGCGGCACUUGCUCGGGUUUUUAUGGUAGUACAUUCAUGAUUUUACUGCCUUUUUAUGCUCCUGAACUUGCGAACAGGAUUGAGCAAUAAAAGCUGUUGAGCUUUUCUCUAGCA